CUGGGAGUUGAAGUCCACAAGUCUUAAAGGUGCCAAGUUUGGGAGACCUCUGGUUUAUAAGAUAAUAGGUAUAAGACAAAACUGCGAGCAAGCCGUGCAGCAGUUGCAAUCCGGAAAGGUCUCUUUUGAUGCCCCCCAGAUGUGUCAGAGAUGCCGCACUGCCGGAGUGGAAAUAUCCCCAGCCGACCUGUCCCAGGUGCUCCGGAUUCUGUCCUGGCUUUUUGGCACAGCAGCGAAAAAUAAACUCACCUCCGAAGAAUUUUCCGCCGACGUAGGCAAAAGGUUUGGUUUUCUGCCACAACAAUCUGCCCAGGUCAUCCAACAGGUGUGGAAGGAGAAAAGAGAAUCUCUGAUGGUAUUGGAGGAUGUAAAACCUAUGGCAGCAGCCAGACAGCUGAUUGAUUUUCAGUGGAAGCUGGGAAUUGCCAUGAGUGCCGACAGCUGUAAAUCCUUGAAAUCGCCUUGUGUGACGGUGGCGUUAAAAGUUGCCGAUAGUUUGGGGAACAUCACACAAAAAAGCUUUGAAAUGACAAUCGCUCAGUUCCAG